AUGCGAAGCCACGCCUGGGCACGUUGGAAGCUUCUGUUAAAGGCAAGACGUGUCAGCAAGCGCUCACUUGCUACAGCUGCAGUACCGCUGGAGCCUGAGACUGAAUAUGCAGCAUCAGCAAACAGGGAACGCCACCUCAGCAGCCACAGACGUGUACACUCCAGGUCAUGUGUGCCCAGCUUGCUCCGUAUACUCGUUCUCACUGGAUUCUACCCAUACCUUGCACUUGGAGUGUCCUCACAAACCUUUAAUCCUGCCCGAACAGCAAUACCGGAACCGAUGCACAGCCCGGCUGCUAAGCGCUCCUACAAAAGGGCUGUGAAGCGAGCCAGUCGUUUUGGAGUCACCACUUAUCUUGGUCGCACCUUCACUGCCAAACAGCUAAGUGUCCGCUACCAGCCAGACAACGCGGGCAGCAAGUCUUCCUCCCCACAGGUAGAGACCACAGCACAUGGCCUGCGCAUUCUGUACUGGAAUGCUGGUGGGCUACAUGCCUCCAGACAUGCAGAGCUCAAGCACUGGCUGCACAUCCAGGACGAACACACUCGGCCAGACUUAGUGGUCAUCACUGAAACGCACUGGCCCACCACAAUGGAAUACCCAGUCGAUUACUACAUGUUCGAAUCUCGCUGCAGAAGCGUCCUGCCCUUGAUGUCCUGGCCGUAUAUCAGCACGCUUGGAACCCCGAUGGUGGAGACGGUGACAGGCAAGCACGCAUUAGCAAACCGGUCGGACAUCUGGGCGCAGCUGCCGUUACCAGUGGCACCUCGCAAAGCCGGCGAGAAACAGGGCAACUCACUUAAAGCCACACAGGUAGUUCAUCUUUGGCAACACCGACAAGAGUUGCGGGCACUACAGCAGGCCCUUGCCACCAACCAUGAGCUUCGCAAGAUUAGCAGACUCAGAAAGAAGCAACACCUUGAUGCGCUCAUUAUGGAGGCCAGGAACAGCAGCAGUCCCAUGACAGCCGUUCACCAAAUCCUGAAGCGCUAUGCACCAAAGGUCAGGCAGAAAAGGCUCCAGCUCCGCACCAGUCAAGGACACAUCCUCACGCCGCAAGAAGAAAUGCAGCAGAUUGUGGGACAUUUUAAGCAGGUCUACAAACAGCCAGACCAUGCACCAUCGGGCAGGCCUGUUGAUCAGGCCGUUGUCUUUGAUCCACACAGUGUGCUCCUAGCGUUCAGCAAGUUGCCUAACAAGGCUCUUCCUUCACACUUCCUGCCUGCCCCGUUCUGGCGAGCCUCAGCUCACCUUGCGACGCAGGUGUUCCAGCAGACCCUUGUGGCAGCCUAUGACCGGGAAGAACUUUUGCUGCCCAAGGCCUGGCACGAAAUACAAGUGGCACUCAUCCCUAAACCGUCUAAGCCGGCGACCUCCGCCGACUCGCUAAGACCAAUUUCACUGCUUUCGCCGAUGGCCAAAGUCCUAGCAAAGCUAGUAGCGGAGGAAAUUCGGCCCAUAGUCUCGAAUGCCGCAACGCACAUCCCACAAUUUGCAUACCUUGAAGGACGACAAACCUGCGACGCUAUCGACAGGGCUUUUGGCCAUUGCAGAGAAAUCCGAGAACGUCGCCAAAAUGCCACGGUCACCACCCGUGAUAGGAGGGCGGGCAAAACUGCCCAAAUCGUCUCGGGAGGCGUCACGCUCUCACUUGAUCUACGCAAAGCCUCCGACAGCAUCCCCUGGCAGUGUCUGCAGACAUGCCUUGAGCACUUCCGGAUACCUGCCUCGAUCAUUCAACUUAUUUUGUACCUACAUGAGAACGCUACGUACAUUUUUAAAACUCCCAGGGCGCAGGGCUCUGUGCUGGCGGGGCAAGGCAUCAGGCAAGGAUGCGGAUUAGCGCCGAUGCUCUGGACGCUCUAUUCCCUCUAUCUUGCAUCCAAACUUGACACUGCUGCGCCCUCAGCACUCAAAACUUUCUUUGCGGACGAUUUCCGAGCGCAAUGGACGAUCGAGACCUGGUCGGACAUGAAAAGUGUCCCCACGCAAAUUUCCAAAAUCGUUGCAGUCUUGGAAGAUCAUGGUAUGCAACUUAGUCCGGGCAAAACAGUGGUCCUCUACUCGCUCUGGGGUACGCAGGUGCAUGCAUGCCUCAAGCCCAUGCUGUAUCAACAUGCCACUCUCGGCAAAUGCCUGCGAAUUGGGGCUGCCAACCUCACGGGAAAGUGCUACCUGCUGCCGGUUGUCAUGUCCCAUGAGUACCUUGGACUGACUGUGGCUGGUAGGCAGAAAGUCUAUGGCACUGUCCGACAAUGGCGAGCUUUGGCUAAUAACCUUCCUCACAUCACUGGGCUGUCUAAUGCGAAUUUCUUGACAAACUUUCACCUGGCUGACCCCCUGGAAGGCUUGGACACUACUUUGAUCAAAAGGCUAGAUAAGGUAGAAUCAGGGCCUGUUGCACAACUACAGCCAACCGUCGUAAAAAGAUGGUGGGAGCACCUCCGUAAAAUCACCAAUGAUCCGACUGUUACGCAGGCGGCAAGCAAAGUGCCCCUCAGACAUCAGGAUGCCAGACCCCCAGCUCCAUGUGAUGUAUGCGGCCUUUCCUUCCCCAACGAGGCCACGUUACGUUGGCACAUCUCCAACGUGCAUGUCAAGCUGACUAAAGAGCAACAUCAUGCGAAGGAGGCAGCCUUUCGAGAACGAAAGGACGAAGCUUUUCUGCAAGAGGCUCAGUCGGACGAUUGGAAGCAGCUUGCACAGAAAAUCCGCGCCAUUGGGCGAUUGCACUACUGCCCCUUCUGCAACCUUUGGAUGGCCAAAACUGCCAUGUUGCAUCAACAUAUCAAAGCUCAACAUGUGGAUGCAACCGCUCACCUUGACCAGUGUCAGCAUUUCCUGCUUACGCGAAAGGGUGUCAACUCCCCCUGCCAGCACUGUGGCACUCGGCACAACCGCGCGGCUGUGGGGUGCUCAGUACUGGUUCGAGUAAUGAUGGACGAGCUGACAAGAGGCGCCGCCGAAAUGGAUCUGUGGAAGUCCAUGAUGAACAAGCCUGGGGAGGUGGGACAAAAGUGGCAAGGAGACCGAGCGGAGGACCUCAGUCGCCAGAAAGGUCGGCAGCGCGGAGAUCGGGGGAAAGGCAACCAGAGCUUCGCGAAGCAGGCCAAACAGGCCUCCGGACCUUCUUCGCUGGACAACGACGAGGACGAUCCCCUGAGAGAGGCCGUGAAGCUCAUCACGACCCUGUCCCUUCGCCACGAGGAUGCACUGGCCAUCCACCGUCAGGACACCAGCUACGUGUUCUUCAUGAAGACCAGUCCGCCGGAGCUGACAGUGCUCAGCGAUCUCAUGCGAGUCGGAUCGGAAUGGAAGGCCAAGAAGGAGCAGUCACCAGCUCUGGUAACCCAGCCCUUACGUGUGGUCCUCCUGGGCUGUCUCCUGGAGGCGGUGACUACCAGGAUGCAAUCCCUGCAGGAUCCAACGCUACAUGCCAAAGCACAAACGGCCAAACUGUUAAAUCCAGCGGGCGACUUUCACUACAUGAUGUGGGACGACGCGGAGAAGAUAUACCAGAACAAGGACGAUCGCGAAUCGAUCCCCACGAAAGCGGUACUCGAGGACAUCGCGACCUUGCAGAGGCUGAUCCUCCAGCCACGAGUGGUAGGACGCUUUCAUGCCCAACGGAAGCUUGCGCCGGACAUGCAGGGGGAAGUGGUGCCAUUCGUCCUGGAGAUUGGCCUACGCAACCAGGCCUCACACGCAGUCUACUUUCUGCUGGACAAGUACUGCCACCAAGCGAUCUGGCACCUGGCAGGCACGUCCCUGAGGCACGACAAACUGGGACGAGGAGCGUUGGCCAAUGCGCUGGAGAAGCUUGCAGAGAAGCUUUGA